AUGUCAAGCCCCCGGAAACAGACGACCGCGAAACAUACACCUCAAUUGCGCCAUAGGACUAGCAACGUCGCCCCGGACGUGAUGGAUCCACACAUGUCUCGUCAUAAAAGUGCUGUCGCAUCUUCCCUGGAUGAUGUAAUAAUUUCUCCCCGCGUUCCCUCUACAGUGCGACCCGCUCGAGGGUCUCCAGACGUGGUCGAAGGUGAUGAGGUGGAACUGAGUCUUCUAGAUGGUGAUGAGAGGCUAAGGGCCGAAGAAGGCUUUGGCGACGACGAGCUGGCGACAAUGAAGUCCAAAACAAUUUCUGCAAAGGACAGGCGAGCCAUGGUCUUGCUCAUUAUACUUUAUUUAAUUCAGGGUGUUCCAUUGGGCCUCGCGCUUGGCUCAAUUCCAUUCAUUUUAAGGGAUCAUCUGUCUUACUCCCAGCUAGGAGUAUUCGCUCUUUCCAACUAUCCAUAUUCACUCAAGCUUCUAUGGUCCCCUCUUGUCGACUCGAUUUUUAUCCCUUCGAUUGGCCGUAGAAAGUCAUGGAUUAUUCCCAUGCAGCUCAUCAUUGGUUCUAUGAUGCUAUACAUCGCUGCAAAUGCUGAGAGGCUAUUCGAACAUCCUGCAGAUAAUAUCUACGAGCUCACGUUCGUGUUUACGUCCCUCGUCUUCUUUUCCGCCACCCAAGAUAUUGCGGUUGACGGUUGGGCUUUGACAUUACUCUCCAAGGAGAACUUGUCAUUCGCAUCAACCUGCCAGACGAUUGGAUUAAAUACGGGAUUUUUUGCUUCCUUCACGGUAUUCCUUGCGUUAAAUAGUGAAGUGUUCUCCCAGAAAUGGGGGAUACCGCGUUUGACCUUGACUGGAUACCUUCAAUCAUGUAGUAUUCUUUGCUUUGCGGUGACAAUAUGGCUUGUUUUCUUCGAGAAAGAGGGUCGAGAAUCUCUCGAUAAGUCUGAGAUGACUGUAACGACAGUCUACAAGACCAUCUGGGACAUAUGCAAGCUGAAACACGUCCGCUCCCUCAUUAUCAUGCAUUGCUUCGCAAAGGUCGGGUUCCAGGCUAAUGAAGCCGUCACCAGCUUGAAGAUGAUUGAGAAAGGGCUUGGGCGCGAAGACCUUGCGAUUGUCGUUCUGAUUGAUUUCCCCUUCCAGAUUAUCGGCGGUUGGCUGGCAGCAAAGUGGGCAAGUGGAAGUCAGCCACUACGUCCAUGGAUAUGGGCGUUUGGACCGAGAUUGGCUUUCGCCCUUCUGUCGACUCUUAUCGUUUAUUGGUUUCCGACACCACCCCUGUCUUACAGCUUCCUGGUAUUCUUGGUAAUUCAUACUGUGCUGCAGGGGUUUGCAUCCACAAUUCAGUUUGUUGGUAUAUCAGCAUUCCACACUAGAAUCUCCGAUCCCUUGAUCGGGGGAACCUACAUGACGCUUCUCAAUACAUUUACCAAUCUCGGAGGCACUUGGCCCAAGUAUUUCGUUCUGAAGGGGGUGGACUUUUUCAGUGUGGCACACUGUACUGUCAAGGACACAGACACAGAGUUCGUUGUCAAAGCGGCGGAAUGUGUGUCUGAACUCGGAAAAGAACAGUGCUCGAACAUUGGUGGCGAGUGUGUAACUGAACAAGAUGGCUACUAUUAUGUAUCAGUGAUAUGUGUCACCUUUGGGGUGAUCUUCCUCGUUAGUUACAUCAUCCCGACUGCACGCAGACUCCAAGCCCUGCCGACUCGCCGGUGGCGAGUGGGGUCCGAGUGAGGGUUAGAUAGAAACAAUUCAUAGAGUCAUCUGGGUGGAGAACAAUUCUGUAGCAUGAUGUACUGUUCAGGAGCGAUCCCUGAGUUGCCUGCCCUAAAUCUAUUUAGCGUCUAAUCA